CGCACCUGUCUGUAUCGACCAAAAAUGCUGUCUAGGUAGGAAGCUCACUAGGUUUUGAGACAGCCUUAGACACGCCGAUGAGAAUGAUGAUGACGCCUCCAGUCACAGUUACCCUUUGAAUUCUCAUUCACAAGCUCCGCUCGACAUCAACCUUUUAUGAUGAAGGCUGUUUUGAUAGCUUUGCCGGUUCUCUUUUACUGUUUGGAACAGAGGUUUAUACAUGGGCAGGAACCACUUUGCCAAUCUCACUUUUCGUGUUCUGACUGUAUAAGGAGCCCUGGAUGUGCAUGGUGCAGAAAGACCGACUUCCUGAAAUCAGGUGAGUCAAAUGAACGGCGAUGUGAUUCUCCCGAGACUCUGAAGGUCAGGGGAUGUAAAGGGGAUGAUGUGAUCAAUCCUGGAGAACAUCCCUUGACCUAUGUGAAGAACAGUGUCCUCAGCAGCGAUCAUGCAAAUGUGGUCCAACUCAAACCGCAGAAUAUCAACAUCACACUCAGAGUUGGAGUUCCACAUGAAUUCACAGUUGAGUUUAAGAGGGCUAAGGGUUACCCUAUAGAUCUGUACUACCUGAUGGAUCUGAGCUAUUCCAUGAAAGAUGAUCUGAAACAAAUCAAAACCCUGGGGCAGAAAAUCCUAAAGAAGCUGAGAGCCAUCACAGACACUGUCCGGAUCGGUUUCGGGUCUUUUGUUGAUAAGGAGAUGUUGCCGUAUGUCAGUCAGGUGAAGUCAAGACGUCAGAACCCCUGUCCCAAUCGCAUAGAUACCUGCCAACCAGCUUUCAGUUUUAAGAAUGUCCUGCCCCUGACUCACGAUGCCGGCGAGUUUGAACGAGAAGUUAGCAAACAGAAUAUCUCUGGCAACCUGGACGCUCCUGAGGCUGGUCUGGAUGCCAUUAUGCAGGCUGCGGUCUGUAAGGAUGAGAUCAGAUGGGGUAAUGUGACACGGAUUCUGGUUUACACAUCUGAUGAUACUUUCCACAUGGCAGGAGAUGGACGACUAGGUGGUGUCUUUCAGCCACAUAAUGGACAGUGUCAUCUCAAUGAUGAAGGUUCCUAUGAUGGAAAAGCCUACGAUUACCCAUCAGUGGGCCAUGUAUCUAGGGUUCUGCAGGAUAACAAUAUUCAGCUAAUAUUUGCUGUGACUGAGGACAUCUAUCCAGCAUAUAAGAAUUUGUCGUCCAAGCUGGUGUUAGAGCAGGAGGGAGCUCCAAAAGAAUUGGAUGUGUCCUACAGGUCUACAUGUAAGGGGAAUCAGGCAGAUAUUGAAUGGAAGAAGAAAGGAGAGUGUCAAGGUAUCAAGCAUGAGAAGAUUACUUUUGAAGUACGUUUGAAUGCAUCUGCAUGUCUGAAGGAGCCGCAGACAUUUCGGAUCAAAAUGCAAGGUAUCAAUGAGGAGGUGAAGAUAACAGUGGAUACGGAGUGUCACUGUAACUGUGGUGUUCCAGAGAAGGCUUCCAUACACUGUAACAGUUCAGGAACUCUCUCAUGCGGCGUGUGCAGCUGUGACGAAGAGUAUUUGGGUCAGCGCUGUGAGUGUAAGAAACCGAGGGAUGCGGUCUCUUUUCCCAACAUAAUGGCAUCUUGUCGGCCUGACAACAACUCCCUGGGUUGCAGUGGACACGGCACCUGUGUGUGUGGCAAGUGUGUGUGUGAAGGCCAGUUCAGUGGGAAACUCUGCGAAUGUGAUGACAAUAGUUGUGAUUAUCAUAAUGGCUAUCCCUGUAAUGGUAAAGGCAUGUGUAAGUGUGGAAAAUGUAUCUGUUCUGAUAACUACACGGGGUCUGCAUGCGAGUGUUCGCCUAUCCAAGAUAAGUGUAUCAAUGAUAAAAGGCUUUGCAGCGGUCAAGGCAAAUGCACUUGCAACCGUUGUCAGUGUAACCCAGGCUUCAAGGGAGAGCACUGCUCUGCAUUCAUUAAUUAUUGCAUGCUGUUGAAGAACUGUGUGGCUUGUCACGUGGAACUUGGUACUCCUGAUACCGAUGUCUGUGCUAUAAGAUGUUUAAAUGCUACAGUAUCUCGUCUUGAAGGAGCUCAUGAGCUGCAUUGCACAUAUCAAAACACCACUUCGUACGAUGUGAAACUUGAUGACGGCAAAAUUGUGCUCAAAUAUGCAGACUUGCCCCGUUCUGUUGAUAAGACUACACUUUUAAUUGGCUUCUCUGUGUCAGCCAUAAUGUUCAUUGGCAUUAUAAUAAUCAUUAUUUACCGUUGCCUGCUGGAACUGUACGACAUUAGAGAGUACCGGAACUUUGUAAACGCACAGGAACAGACUAAAUGGAAAGAGGUCCAGAAUCCUCUUUUCAUAGGUGCCAAUACAACGGUGUAUAACCCUUUGCACGACGAAAACGAAAAGGAACAUUCUGAGCAGAUUUAAAGGGGUGGUUGAUCAGCUUUUUUUUUUUGAAGGCUUGAUUGUGUUUUUGGGUGCAGUGGGACAUGUUCAUUUUCACAUAUUUUACCUUUAUUCUACACCACUGUUUCUGUUACAUCUUGCAUUGUGCUAACUUCAUUAAAACAUUUUAAUACAGGAUUGGAUGAUUGUUAUAAAUAUUGUGAUGUAUUAUAUGUAUAUUAAUAAAUACGCUUAACCAUAGACUGUAUAAAAACAGCUCUCAACACAAAGCCUUUUUUCACCUAUACAUAAAUAGAGCUAUUCUGGUUGAUAAACUGAACAACUCUACAAGACAAUUAGCAUUUUCAGGCCAUGGGUUUCUAAAGAAUGUCAUUAUAUGAAUCGAAUAAAGUGUCUAACAUUAUUUGAUGUUUGUGAAUUUUAAAGCAGCUACAUUGCCAAAUAAAAACUACAAUGAUGUGUUUUAAAUCUUAUAAA